AUGAACCUUGCCCUCAUCGAUCCAUUUGCACUAGCCCAAGACUACCCGGAUGCGCUCACUGGAACACUCCGCAGCGGCCAUGCCUCGUGCCUCCGAUUCAAUCGAAAAGGCGACUUUCUUGCCUCCGGACGAGUGGAUGGCACAAUAGUCAUUUUCGAUGUGGAGACCAAUGGUGUUGCCAGAAAACUGCGAGGACACAGCAAACAAAUACAAUCUUUAAGUUGGUCGCGAUGCGGAAGAUAUUUACUAAGUUCUUCUCAAGAUUGGAAAUGCGUACUUUGGGACAUGAAGGAUGGUUCGCGAGUCAGGACGGUUCGGUUCGAGGCUCCCGUUUACAUUGCAGAGCUACAUCCGUUCAAUCACUGGCUUUUUGUGGCAUCCCUUUUCGAAGACCAACCCGUUUUAGUGGAUAUAACGACACCCAAACCUCUUAAAUGCAUCCUUCCGUCUGCCCCGUUGCGCCCAAACGUCGAGAACGUCGAUCCCGCAACUGCUGCUAAGCAAACGGCACAAGAUGCCAAACAAUCUACCUGCGUCACAAUAUUCACUGCCCUAGGAAAUCAUAUAUUAGCAGGAACGUCUAAGGGCUGGAUUAAUAUUAUUGAGACACAGACUUGCCAAACGAUCUACUCGACCAGACUCUGCAACGGCGUCGUGAUCCUAAUGCGCCUUGCUAACAACGGCCGCGACCUGCUCGUCAACAGUUCUGAUCGGGUAAUUCGUACCAUUUUGAUGCCUGACCUGUCACAGCUUGGUGUUAGCCUGGAACCGUCAGCGAUCAAACUCGAAAUCGAGCACAAAUUCCAAGAUGUGGUAAACAAACUGAGUUGGAAUCAUGUAGCAUUCUCCGCAACUGGUGAAUUCGUCACCGCCUCGACGUUCAUGAAUCACGACAUCUAUGUUUGGGAGCGUAGUCAUGGCUCUCUUGUGAAAAUCCUUGAAGGUCCGAAGGAAGAGCUUGGGGUCGUAGAGUGGCACCCAAGCAGGCCCAUGGUCGCCGCUUGUGGGUUGGAAUCUGGCUGCAUCUACACAUGGUCUAUUGUGACACCACAGAAAUGGUCUGCGCUAGCGCCCGAUUUUCAGGAGGUCGAAGAAAACGUUAUAUAUGUCGAGCGCGAGGAUGAAUACGACAUGCAUCCAGCCGAGGAGGUGCAUCAACGGCGUUUAGAUUUGGAAGAUGAAGAACCAGACGUGCUAACGAUUGAACCUGUCAAAGGCGAAGUGGAAGAAGAUGGGGUGCCCGCCUUCCAAAUGCCCGUUUUACUGGAUAUCUCAGACAGCGAGAGUGAGAACGAUGUCGUGGCUAUUGGCCCCGGAACCAUGAGAAAGAAAAGUCCCACAGCCGGAAGAGAGUGGAUGAAUAGCGGCAAUACUAGCGAAAAUCUCGACGACACGGAAGGGCGUCGCGGGGCGGCUAUUGCAAAUGGUGUUUCGAGAGGACAAAACAAAGGGCGUCGGAAAUAA